AUGAUGAAACUGAAGCGAUUCUUGUUCGAUGGCAUCUACAGCCGCUACAGAAAUGCGCCUUUGUCAACUAAUCUUACCAAUCGGACCGGUUCAUCAGGGACCAGUCGCGCACUGUCCAUUCCUAGUACUACCGAACGGCUAGGCCGGCUGUCUGCGAGCCGCCAUGCUGCUCUAACUGAUAUUGAUGCUGCUUCGGAUGCAUUUGUUUACUGCUUUCUGUUCGUCUUUGUGCUUGUUUGCAGCAUUCUACUGUUAAUUUAUCUCAUAUUCAUAAACAGCACCUGGACAUUGGGCUUGAUUCCACCGAUGCCUCGCUAG